AUGACGAUUGUGAAUCUAGGUAAAGACUCUGCGAAAGUGGGCAUGCGUGUGCAAAACAUUGCUGGUCUCACUGGUACCAUAAGGUGGGUUGGAACGAUGGAGAAGAAGGAAAAUCCUCCUGAUGGGAGCGGAUUUUACGCUGGUGUUGAGUAUGAUGAGGGAACAACAACAAAAAAUCGCAUUGAUGGAAGCUGGGAAGGAAAAAGGUAUUUCACAUGUGAUCCAGACAAGGGUGAAUUAAUUAAAGCAAAGACACUUUUCCCAGAGAUGAAUACUGCCUGUAUUGCUGCUAUUAGAGGACGUUUUGGAGAACAGGUAGCUAAUUGGGAAGAUUUUCAAUUGGUAAAAUUUUGUAUUGCCCGUCAAUUUCAUAUGCCUGAUGUCUUUACUAUGAUUCAAAAUCAUCUUGAGUGGUUACAGGAGUUUAAACCCUCAUGUGAUGAAUAUUUCCCUGAUUCCAUAAUUGAGGAUUAUCCAUGCGGGUUCAGUGGGGCGUAUGAUUACGACAACAACAUUAUUUAUUGUGAACGUCCAGGUAAUGGAGGGAAGUGUACACCCACUGAAUUUAUGCGUCGUUAUGGUCCUGAACUUGUUACACGUUGGCAUGCAUGUGCGAUGGAAACGGGAAAGAAAAUUAUGACUGAAAGCCAUUUUAAACACAAACGUCUAUGCUAUAUUGUUGAUCUUACUUCUGUCAGUGUUUCUAUGAGUCGUUCACUUAUUAAGUUUGGUCGAACUGUAGCCACUAUUGAUCAGGCUAAUUACCCUGAACAGCUGGCACGACUAAUUAUUUUAAGGGCCCCAACGUUAUUUCGUGCAAUAUGGAAAAUGAUGCGUGUUUUUAUUGAUGAGAAUACUCUAAAAAAAGUUAUUUUUGUUCCAGAAGGUAAAGAAAUAGAGACAAUGAAAAAGUAUAUGCGUGAAGAAGAUAUUCCUGAUUUCGCUGGGGGUACGAGUAAGGCAUGGCGAAGAAAUGGUGGACGCAUUGGAUCAGCAGAUAGUGACAAAGUAUUCAAAGGGAAGACGAUUAUAAGUCCUGAGCUACAGAAUGGUCAAGAUGAAAGCGGAGAAUUGGAAUCUGAUCUUAUUUUGCAAGAUGAUGUUUCUGAUGAAAUCAGUCAAAAUGGAUCCUCAACAACCAAUGGUGGAAUGGAGGGAAAGAAUUCUCGGAGUGUGAGUCAAUAA